UCGUCAUCAAUGGAUUUGUCCAAGGUUGGAGAGAGGAUCUUGAACUCCGUCAUAUCCACCACAUCGCGCAGCCAGCUGCUUCCCCUCUCUGAUCGCCCCGAGAUUCCUGCUCGAGCUGCUGCGGCAGCUGCAAUUGCUCGUGCUAUUGCAAGAUUGCCUCCUCACCAGAGGUAUAGCCUUUCAACGAGUUCCGAGGAGUUGAGUUCCAUAUAUGGGAGGAGACCUCAUGAUCAAGUGGUGGAGGAACUGGAGGAUGGAUUCUAUGAAGAGGACUUUGAUCCAGUUAGGCAUGUUUUGGUGCAUCUUUCAGCAAACGAAAACGAGAAGAUAUAUUUUGAAAAACAGGCUGCCCUUAGAUUGACACAAUUGGAUAGAGUAGCAGAGCAUUUAUCACGUCAUGUUAUGGAGCAUCAUGAAGUAAUGGUGAAGGGGAUGAAUUUGGUCAGGGAAUUAGAAAGAGACUUGAGGAUUGCUAAUGUCAUCAGCAUGAAUGGAAGAAGACACUUGACAUCAUCUGUCAAUGAGGUUUCAAGGGAUCUGAUUGUGAAUUCUUAUUCAAAAAAGAAACAAGCUCUUCUGGACCUGCUUCCAAUCUUGACUGAACUUCAUCGUGCAUUUGUUAUGAAAUCAACACUUGAAUCCCUCGUUGAGGAAGGGAGUUACUGCAAGGCAUUUCAAGUGUUUUCUGAGUAUUUGCAAGUCUUAGAUAGCUUGUCAGAGCUCUCAGUAAUACAAGAGAUGAGUCAGGGUGUGGAGGUUUGGCUAGGAAUAACUCUACAGAAGCUGGAUGGUCUUUUAUUGGAAAUAUGCCAGGAGUUCAAGCAAGAUGGGUAUAUAACAGUAAUCGAUGCAUAUGCAUUAAUGGGAGAUACAACUGGCCUUGCUGAAAAGAUACAAAGUUUCUUCAUGCAAGAAGUUAUAUCAGAAACCAACUCUGUGUUAAAAUUUAUUGUGCAAGAGGAGGAAGAGUUUCCUUCACAAAAUAGUAGGCUCACUUACAGCGAUCUAUGCCUUCACAUACCUGAAUCUAAGUUUAGACAGUGCUUAUUAAGAACAUUGGCUAUUCUAUUUGAAAUUAUGUGUUCAUACCACGAAAUUAUGGAUUUUCAGCUAGAAAGAAAGGAUUCAGUAGACCAAACUUCAAAUACGUGCAACAAUGACAUUUCCUGCAGUCCAGGUGAGGCUCAGGAAGUUGUUUCAGAUGUAAGAGCCAGCAACAAUUCUGUGUUCAGUCCUGGGGAUGUAAUGUGUGGCUCGUCUUAUAGGGAGGAAUCUGCAACAGUUACCUCACUAGCUGAAAAUAAUGUAAAUGAUGGUUCACCAUCAAGUGGUUCUCAUGAUCCAGUUGCUGAGGCUUCUAGAAAGGAGGACAACAUAGAAUCAAGCAUUGAUUCCCCAUGGUAUCAUCUUCGCAAAGAUGCAACAGCAUUUGUUUCACAAACUCUUCAAAGAGGAUGCAAGAAUCUAUGGCAUCUUACUACUAGUCGUGUGUCAGUAUUGAUUUCUUCUUCUGCUGCUGCUUCUGCUAGUAUUCAUCAGUUCCUGAAAAAUUAUGAAGACCUCACUGUCUUCAUAUUGGCUGGGGAAGCCUUUUGUGGAAUUGAAGCAGUUGAAUUCAGGCAGAAGUUGAAGCUCGUCUGUGAAAACUAUUUUAUAACUUUUCAUAAACAAAAUGUACAUGCACUUAAAGUGGUUUUGGAGAAAGAUUCUUGGUUAAAAUUACCUCCAGAUACAGUGCAACUUGUCAGUUUUGCUGGACUUACUGGUGAUGGUGCACCAUUGAUUUCUUUAACUAAUACCAAAUCAACUAAUACCAGUGCAAUUGAUUUGGAUAAAUCAGUAAACUUCACACACAAUAGAGCUAGGAAAAGUGGGUUUUCUGAUUGGAUUAGAAGGGGAAACCCAUUUUUGCUAACAUCAUCAACCCCUAAAGAAGGUCAUGGUUACUCCCAACCCAAUGGAAUGAUUCAUGGUGAUAUUAUAGAUGGGGGCUCAAGAAACAACUUCGGGGGUGAUAAAGUCCAGCCUAAGAAAAAUGAUUCAGUUCAAAUGAAGGGUGAUGAUUCUGUUUCUGAAGAUGAAAAUGAGGAUCUUCUUGCUGACUUUAUUGAUGAAGACAGCCAACUACCUAGUCGAAUUUCAAAACUGAAUCUUAAAAGAGGUUAUGCUUCCCAUUGUAAUGAUGAUGAGAAUACAGCACACACUGGAUCUUCGCUAUGUUUGCUAAGGUGUAUGGAUAAAUAUGCAAGGCUUAUGCAGAAAAUAGAAGUAAUAAAUGUUGAAUUCUUUAAGGGAAUAUGCCAGUCGUUUGAGAUUUUUUUCCAUUUUAUAUAUGAAACUUUUGGUCAGCUGAAUAGUAGUUCAAGUGGAAAAAGUUCACCCUGUUCUCAUAAUCAUCGGCUGAAGACAGCCUUGUCCAGAAUAAAGCAAGACUGUGACAUGUGGAUGAUGAAACCCCAGUCAUCACCCACGUCUUUAGGUUCACCAUUUGUACAUGCAGAGUUGACCCCUACAAGUCCUCCUGGCAUGAAUUUUGGUCAUUCUUCAGGGAAUUCAUUGGGUCUCACGGAAAGGUGUGUAGCUGUUGACGCUCUGUCUCUUGUUGCUCGGACACUGAAUAGAUCCAGAGCUCAUCUCCGAUCAAUGCUUUUGCAGAGUAAUACAACUGUACUUGAGGAUUUCUAUGUGCAUCUGGUGGAUGCUGUUCCAGAUCUUAUAGAGCAUGUUCAUAGGACAACAGCAAGACUCCUUCUUCAUGUUAAUGGGUACAUCGAACGCAUUGCCAAUUCUAAAUGGGAAGUGAAAGAGCUAGGUCUAGAGCAUAAUGGGUAUGUUGAUUUAUUGCUGGGGGAAUUUAAGCAUUAUGCAGCGCGACUUGCUCAUGGUGGAAUUCGUAAAGAGAUUCAAGACAAACUAUUGGACUAUGGACUUGAGAUCCUAGCAGAAACGCUUGUCGAAGGACUUUCACGGGUGAAGAGAUGUAGUGAUGAAGGACGAGCUCUAAUGUCAUUGGAUUUGCAGGUUUUAAUCAAUGGGCUACAACAUCUUUUGUCGUUGAAUGUGAAGUCCAAGCUACAAAUGGUUGAAACUUAUAUCAAGGCUUACUACCUUCCUGAUAAAGAAUAUGUGCAAUGGGCACAUGCACACCCGGUAUAUAGUAAAAGCCAGAUUGUUGGACUGGUCAACCUGGUCGCCUCUAUGAAAGGUUGGAAGCGGAAAACCAGGUUGCAAGUACUAGAGAAGAUUGAGUGAUGUUCCUCUCCCUUUUUCUUCUAUUUUAUUUUCUAAAAAUUUAUUGUUGUGUCUCAGGCGUAUAUAUAGAAUCUUUGCUCCUUUUAUCCUUAGUCUACUUUAUUCCACUCUUGGGCGCUCUUUGUAAAGUAGUGUAUAUUGCAUGGUAUUUAAACUCUUGAUAAUUACGGAGUAAUUUUCUUUCCUGA